UCAACGUUUCAGUACGGUUUCAACUUGCGUACUGACUUGUCGUCGCAUCGCAACGGAACAAAACUAAAAAAAAAAAAAUCAGUAAUACCCAUCCAAAACUUCCAUAUCGUGAGUGAAGUGCUAAGCGGAAUAUACUCAUAGUGAUUCGGAAAAGUAUCGAUACCUUUUACGAGUGCAGUUGUGCGGCUUAAAACACACAUCACCAGUCCAGUGAUAGCUGUAAAAAUUGACAAAGCAAAAUAUAAAGAUAUAACCCAACUAAAAACUUUAGAAAAUGUGCAAUUAAAUCGUUGUCUAUUAAGUGGAGAGAAAAAAAAGCUUAAAUAAGGAUAACCGACUUAGUAUCAGAGAAAGGGAUUAUUUUCGCGAAACGGACCUUGCACAGUCUAACCUCAAACAUGGUUUCGCACUACUACAAUACACUGCCCUACACACAAAAGCACAGUGCUGCAAAUUUGGCCUAUGCCUCGGCAGCCAGUCAGCCGUGGAACUGGACCCCAAACUAUCAUCACACACCACCAAACCAUCAGUUCUUAGGCGAUGUGGACUCAUCGCAUGCCGCCCAUCAUGCGGCCGCUGCCCAUCAGAUGUACUACAACUCGCAUCACAUGUUCCACUCGGCGGCGAGUGCCGGGGAUUGGCAUUCACCCGCCUCCAGUACGGCUGAGAAUUUCGUCCAGAAUGUGCCCACCUCGGCGCACCAGUUGAUGCAGCAGCACCACCACCAUCAUGCCCAUGCCUCGAGCAGUUCGACGAGUUCGGGCAGCAGCAGUAGCGGUGCCCCAAAUGCACCGCAACUCAAUGAGACCAACAGCAGCAUCGGCGGCGGAGGAGGCGCUGGUUCGGUUGGUGGAGCCACCGACGGUGGUCCGGGCUCGGCACCGCCCAACCAUCAGCAACAUAUCGCCGAGGGUCUGCCAUCGCCACCAAUCACCGUUUCCGGAUCGGAGAUCUCAAGUCCCGGGGCUCCAACUUCUGCCUCGUCGCCGCAUCAUCAUUUGACACACCAUCUGAGUGCCGUCGCUGGCAACAACAACAACAGUCCGUCCACCCACAACAACAACAACAAUAACAAUUCGGUGAACAACAACAACAACAGGACAUCGCCAUCGAAGCCACAGUACUACGAGUGGAUGAAGAAGCCCGCUUAUCCAGCGCAACCACAGCCAGGAAAAACACGCACCAAGGACAAGUACCGAGUGGUCUACACCGAUUACCAGCGUUUGGAACUGGAGAAGGAGUACUGCACGUCCCGUUACAUCACCAUCCGGCGCAAGAGCGAGUUGGCCCAAACAUUGUCGUUAUCCGAACGUCAGGUGAAGAUCUGGUUCCAGAAUCGCCGGGCCAAGGAGCGCAAACAGAACAAGAAGGGCAGCGAUCCGAAUGUGAUGGGCGUGGGAGUGCAGCAUGCAGAUUACAGUCAGCUUUUGGACGCCAAGGCGAAAUUGGAUCCGGGCCUACACUUGCCACACUCGCUGGCCCAUUCGAUAAACCCGAUGGCGGCGAUGAACAUACCUGCAAUGCGAUUGCAUCCCCACCUGGCCGCCCACAGUCACUCCCUUGCGGCGGCAGCGGCGCAUUCACACCAACUGCAGCAGCAGCACAGUGCACAAAUGUCUGCUGCGGCGGCUGUGGGAACACUUUCAAUGUGACACGAUCAUUCCUGCUACGGAAGCGGCGGCAACAACAAUAUCAGCGGCGAUAAUAACAGUUACAUGGAGCCGCAGCACUCCCUUAUGGGGAGUGAGAACGAGAGGGGAGGAGGAGGAGAUGGCUCCUACAGUGCUCCUUCUCUUGCCUUGGACUUGGCUUAACCCUUAGGUCGCGCAGUCAGACUGUUUCGACCACAACACAGAAAAAAUAAGCACACAACAAAAUGGAGGUUUAGGCGGACGUUGCACCUCGAAUAUUGCACGUUGUUAAUUUUUGUGAUUGUAUAUUCCUGGUUUUAGCACGUCAACGCCCUCCCAGCUAACAAGUCCCAUUCUUGUAUUAUUUUUGUUUUUUGUUCAACGUACAUAUGUAUUUAAAGUAAAUGGUUAGCUCAUAAGUAGUCCAUUAAGUUGCCGAUGAAAAACAAAACACAAUUCAAACCAGCCGUCCCAGCCGUUUAAAGAAAUUAUUCGCAGCAACUUAACAUAAAUUUAGUACAAGCAAUUAAUUUUAGAGAGCAACUUGAUUCUUCAGCCCAUGUAAAUAUAAACAUAAAGAGUUUUAACGUUUAUUACUUUUAUAUAUCGUAAUAACAAAUAGCCGUAGUGUAAUCUAGAUGUACUAAAUGUAAAUCUAAUGCAUUUUAUGAGCACAAAAGCAAAAUUACCAUAUAAAUAAAUAAUUUUAACGUAUUCAUCCACAAUUUUACUUAGUUCAAUGUUGGCGGCAGAUAAUUUAUGACUUGUGAAUGUAUGUGUGUAUAUGUGCUUAGAUAUUUAAAUAAAAUAUGAACAAUAAAAACACAACA